AAGUUCACAUAAAGUUGUGCAAUGUUUCUUUAAUUUAUUUAAUUAAUAUGAGUAGAGUUAGAAGACAAUCCCCAUGUGAUUGUACUCCAAGUAACUUCUUUCAAAACUCACUUGACAAGCCACAAGUCCAAUCCUCCAAUUAUACUAUAAAUAAGCAUCUUUAGUUAUUAGCUCUACCAUACCAACAAGCCAAGUACUCAUCUCAAUAGCAAAGAAUCCCUUUCUUUUAAAAAAUCCCAUACUUUUCUUUUUUCUUGUUCUCUCCUUCUAUAUAUACACUCAUAAAUUAUAUUAUGGGUUUUUAUUUGCCAGGAGUAGUAACAACUAAGAAAUUUCUUCGACGGUCUUUGUCGUCUAACUCGAGCAAAACAACAUCAAGCGCAGUAGAUGUCCCGAAAGGCCAUUUAGCAGUUUAUGUUGGAGAGAGACAAAAGAAGCGGUUUGUUAUUCCGGUGUCAAUUUUAAGCCAUUCUUUAUUUCAAGAAUUGCUUGUUCAAGCUGAAGACGAAUAUGGAUACGAUCAUCCAAUGGGAGGUCUCACAAUUCCAUGCAGAGAAGAUAUGUUUGUUGAUCUCAUAUCAAAUCUCAAUGCUUCAUAAUGAAGGUUGAUCACUAAAAAUGUGGCUUAUUCUUUCAUCACACAUUUUGUGAAACUAGAAAUAUUGAGAUUCUUUUAUUCUUAUUAUCAUUCUCCUUACUUUGUGGAGUGGAAAAAUAGCUCCCAGAAUGAGAAAUGUAUAAUUCUGAUACAA